AUGGAUUUGAUUGAAGUUGAGGAUGUUGAGGACGAUGAAGUGCUACCUGAACUUGACCCGUUGCAUUUGGAAGAUUUAAAUUUCUCCUUUCAGGAGGAUAUUGAACAUUUGAACUCGUCUGCUUCAGGUUUUGCUGGCUACACGUCUCAGGACCUGGCACGCCAUCAAUCCCCGGACUCAGGUUUAGAUGCCGACCCGCAGGAUGAGGCUCAUGAAGAUGGAGUUGAGUUCAUCGAUCGAACUGCUCAGGAGAGUUUUGAUUUCAAUACAGGUACGAAUGCACGCAUUGUAGACAAAACUGAUUGGGCACUGACUGUGAAUCAUGCCUUCGAACGUCACAAAGCUCUGGACCCUGCCAUGAAGCUUCCGUGGGAACAACCUUCGAUGCAGGGAAUCUUUCACAACAGCGUCUUCAUUCAGUGCUGUUGA